GCGGUCUGACAAGCUAUGGUUUGCUAUGCAUAUCAGGCCAACAUCGACAUCAUGGCUGAAGAAAGUGGUUUCGCCAAAAUCCUAUCCAGGAGGAGUACGUGCCUCAGUAAAGUGUUGUUGUGCGAGUCAGUGAGCGACUUGAUGUCCCCAGAGCUCCGCGCCCUGCUGUUUCAGGGAAGGGGGUUGGCUGCCUUCCUCGGCGGCUAUCAGGAUUUCGCCCUCGCAAAGAUGUGGGACGAAAAGGCGAUGUGGAGCAUGUUGCCGCUGUUUAUCUGCAAGGAGUUGAGUGAGGAGGUGUACACCCUCGUGCUGAAGUCGAAGACCUGGGAUGAGUUGGGAACUUCUCUAAAAUUGAAGUUCCCAGAGGAUGGGAUGGAAGGCCAGCCUGGUAAGGGCCCUGAGCAGCCAGUCGAGGUUGCGUCAACACAAGGAGAGUUGAGCGGUAUACAGAGGCAAGUUGGGAUGUUAGAAGAGAGGUUGACGCGAUUGGAAGAGGCCAGGCAUGGCAACAGGAAAGCCUCUGAAGGAACAUCGAGUGGACCAGCUGGGCAGGAUGAGGCAGAGGCAAGGGAGGAUCAUCAGGAGUCGAUCCUCCACAAGAGAACCUCGAAGGGGCGAGCGUGCGCCCCAGAAAGAGACGAAGGCGAGGGAUUCAUUGAAAUAAAGGAGGAGCUGGAAGUUAGCAUGGCCCCGCCUGUUAUUGCGCCUGAUCCAAAGAGGGAGUCCAUUAACGUGGAAGCAUCCUCAGUUGGGGAUCAGGAGGGGCAAAGGAGUGAGUGGUGGCCAGAGCAAUGGGUAUAGGAGGUACGCGAUCGUUGGGGAAAGACUGGUCGUACCCCUCGAGCAAGUAAAGAAGAGGAUGUGAC